GCCCCGGCGUGUUGGGCGUUCGGCUGGGACGUGGCCAGGCAGCGCCGGGGGUCUGAGACAGCGUUCCGGGUCCUGCUCGGGAUUUUUGAUGUAGGAGGACACAAAAGGGAGACCAGUGGAAAAGCACUUGUGUCCUGCUAGGUGGACUAUGGUGGCAGGAAGAUGUUGGCCAGGAAGAGUAUCAUCCCUGAAGAAUAUGUGCUGGCACGGAUUGCUGCUGAGAACCUUCGCAAGCCACGCAUCCGGGACCAGUCCCGCAAAGCUCGUUUCAUCGCCAAGAGCGGGGCGUGCAAUUUGGCGCACAAGAACAUCCGCGAGCAGGGCCGCUUCUUGCAAGACAUCUUCACCACCCUGGUGGACCUGAAGUGGCGCCACACGCUGGUGAUCUUUACCAUGUCCUUCCUGUGCAGCUGGUUGCUCUUUGCCAUGAUGUGGUGGCUGGUGGCUUUUGCCCAUGGAGACAUGGAUGCUAGCACCGAGAACUGUACAGGCAGUACUAAGUGGACACCAUGUGUGACAUGUGUCAGGUCUUUCACUUCUGCUUUCCUCUUCUCCAUUGAAGUUCAAGUGACCAUUGGUUUUGGGGGCAGAAUGAUGACAGAGGAAUGUCCCAUGGCCAUCACUGUCCUGAUUCUGCAGAACAUCGUAGGUUUGAUUAUCAAUGCCGUCAUGCUGGGCUGCAUAUUUAUGAAAACUGCCCAGGCUCACAGAAGGGCAGAGACCUUGAUUUUCAGCCGGCAUGCGGUGAUUGCCGUUCGGAACGGCAGACUUUGCUUCAUGUUCAGAGUGGGAGACCUGAGGAAAAGCAUGAUCAUCAGUGCCUCGGUGAGAAUACAGGUAGUGAGGAAGACAACUACACCAGAGGGGGAGAUCAUCCCUAUACAUCAGCAAGACAUCCCGGUGGAUAACCCUAUUGAAAGCAAUAACAUUUUCCUGGUGGCUCCUUUGAUCAUUUGCCAUGUCAUAGACAAGCGGAGUCCUCUCUAUGAUAUAUCUGCUAGUGACCUAGUGAACCAAGAUUUAGAACUUAUAGUGGUACUUGAAGGAGUAGUAGAAACCACUGGCAUCACCACGCAAGCAAGAACAUCUUACAUAGCAGAGGAGAUCCUGUGGGGCCACCGCUUUGUGCCCAUCGUAACAGAAGAGGAAGGCGUGUACGCGGUUGAUUACUCCAAGUUUGGCAACACAAUCAAGGUAGCUGCUCCGCGGUGCAGUGCUAGGGAGCUGGAUGAAAAGCCUUCCAUUCUCAUCCAGACUCUUCAGAAAAGUGAGCUGUCUCAUCAAAACUCUCUGCGGAAACGCAACUCCAUGAGGAGGAACAAUUCCAUGAGGCGGAACAACUCUAUGAGGAGGAACAACUCUUCCCUCAUUGUGCCCAAAGUACAGUUUAUAACGCCCGAGGGGAAUCAGAGUAUGUGCGAAACAUGAUAUACAACCUCACAUGAGGCUGAGUCACUGAUAAAGGUUGAGAGGCCAAAAAUGUUUUUAAAGAAACAGAUGCAAAAUAGAACUGUACUGGAGCUAUUUAUUCUUUUACUUAAUGAAAGCAUCACAUAACAGCAGUAGGAAACACUAUAGCACUAGGCAUAUUAAUUAAUGAAUAAUGACACUCAGAGUAAAGGAAGCAUGGUUCACUCAUGUAAUGUAUUUUGUAUUAAUAUGUGUUUUAGUGGCAUGUGAGAUUUUUUUCCUUUCAAGGAAAUCUAUCUGAUGCUUUUCUACAGACUGCCAUAAAAUGUGUUUUACUUUUUACUUCUGGAUUACGCACUGUCCGCCAGUGGGCUGAUUUUCAAUAGCACUGUGCAUCCAGUAGCUUCCAAUUAUUUAUGUGGGAUGUAUGGAUUUAAGGUUAAUAGAUUCAUUGAUUCCAAAGGCCAGAAGGGACUUCUCUGAUCAUCUAGUCUGUCCUCCUAUAUAACAUAGACCAUAGAACUUCUCCAACAUAUUUCCUAGUGCAUAUCAGAUCUUGAUUUAAAAAUUGCCACUCCUGGAGGAUCUACCACAACCUUUGGUAAAUUUUCCCAAUGAUUAAUUACCCUGACUGUUAAAAAAUUAUGCCUUAUUUCCCGUCUGAAUUUGUCUAGCUUCAACCUCCAGCCCUUGGAUUUUGUUAUACCUUUGUCUGCUAGACUGAAGGGCCCAUUAUCAUAUAUUUGUUCCCCUUGCAGGUAAUUAUAAACUUUAAUCAAAUCACCCCUUAACCUUCUCCUUGAUAAUCUAAAUAGAUUGAGCUCCUUGAGUCUAUCACCAUGAGACAUGUUUUCUACUCCUUUAAUCAUUCUUGUGGCUCUUCUCUGAACCAAUUUAUCAACAUCCUUCUUAAAUUGUGGGCAGCAGAACUGGACACAGUAUUGCAUCACUAGUCACAGCAGUGCCAAAUACAGAGAUAAAAUAACCUCUCUACUCCUAAUCAAGAUUCCGUGUUUAUGCAUCCAAGGAUCACAUUAACCCUGUUAGUCACAGCAUCGUUUUUCUGGAAAUCAAGUAAAGUGUUCAUAAACAAUUUCCCAUUAUCUUUCAAUUUAUUCUGAUUAAAUUCUUCAUCCCAGCUGAUUUGCCUCAGAAUUGUUUUCAGCUGAAUGAAAUUGGCCCUUUUAAAGCACCGUGUGUGUGUGUGUAAAUAAGUAUAACCAGUUUGGACUUUAUUCUGUUUGCGCAUUAUAAAGUCUGUAUUUGGGGGGUAAUAUCCUGGCUCCACAGAAGUCAAUGGCAAAACACCCACUGAUUACAAUGGGGCCAGGUUUUCACUCCCAGUUUUUAAAAUCUUGGUUCCACUGGUUUAUGAAAAUGUCAUUAGUGACAGAAGGCCAGACUAAUUAAAUUAAAGAAUUGAAAACCACACUCUUUAGCACCACUGUUGGCAACAUCAGUACUGAUUGAUCACGGGACCACAGCUUAAAAGUGGUCGUGCCAUGACCCCAGCCCACCAGCUCUGUGGCCUAUGGAGCAAAUGCCAAAACCUGGGGAUGAGGGAUGAUGUUUGCCACUCCUACACCCCCUAAUUGGUGCCAGUGCUUCCACCCCUGCCUGCUAACCCUCUUGGAGUGUGGCUAGUGAGCUGGUGCAGAUAAUGAGUCUGUCCAUUUAUUAGGAGGAUGAUCAUUUAAAAUAGUCAGAUCUGGUGAUCUGUAUCUCACCACCUUGCAUCCCCAGCCACGGCUAUCAAAUUGUUCAGAGAUGUUUGUUUGCCCAUUUGUUUGAAACAGGCAAAGCACCAUUCCAUCAGCUGCUGUAUUAUACACAUUAUAUGUGUAUAAUCUCAACACCAGCCUGUAUAAAACCAAAUUUUCCAUAAAAUAAAAAAAUAGCAAUAAUGACUUAUUCUGCCUCCAUUGCGGGUUUUUUUCCCCACCCUUCUUUCCCUUGUCUCAUUCUGUUCUCAACUCUUCACUAACAACAAGGAGUCUGGUGGCACCUUAAAGACUAACAGAUUUAUUUGGGCAUAAGCUUUCGUGAGUAAAAACCUCACUUCUUCGGAUGCAUAGA